AUGUCGCUGAACGAGAUCUGGGAGGCAGCGUCCGCAAGCCCUUACGCUCCACUAGUUUCCAAGGACAAUCAGUUCGUCGUGGGCUUCUCGCUGUUGUUCGCGGCUUUUAUUCUGACCGGCCUGUUUGGACUGAACCGUUCCUUGGCGAGCAUUGUCUCGUUCGGUGUCCCGGCAUCGUUGGCGUUUGGCUUCGGAGCUGUUUUCAUGAUCUGUGCCGUCGGCGUCUACCCCAUCUUCUCGGCGGUCUCCAGCAACGCCCACAACCUCUACACCCUCCUACAAUGCAUCGGCUUCGCACCCAAAGCCACAGUGCAAAUCACCCCAGACGGGAUUCGCUUCUCCGCCGAAGAAAGCAGGGUGGUGCAGGGCCUGGCCUUCCUCGACAAAGCCCUCUUCACUAGCUACACCUUCAACCCGCCGCUCGAUCCCGACCACGAACCCCUCCACGAUGAAAGCGCAGGCGCAGAAGACCCCGAUGCAACCUACUACCCCUGCUUCAUGGUCUCCCUGACGGCCCUCCUCGAGACGCUCAAGAUCUUCGGCGUCAACGACCCCUCCCCAUCAACCGCCCUAGCAGGCUCUGGGCCCAGCAAUCGCGCCCCAAGCGCACAACCUUCUUCGAGCGCCUUCAACUCCCCCGCUCUCCUCCUCGACCGCUCCUGCACCCUGCAAUACCUCCAAGACGGCUCCCCCCUCAGCAUCACCCUCUCCGAAACAGGCGUCAAAACCACCUGCGACCUAACGACCUACGAACCCGACGCCUUCGCCGCCAACGCAGACAUCCCCCUCCAGCGCGACGCCAUCGCCAUGAAAAUCAUCAUGCGCUCCGCCUGGCUUCACAACGCCAUCUCCGAGCUCUCCGGCACAAACCCCACCAUCCUCCGCCUCUCCGCUUCCGCCACAGAGGAACCAUACUUCUCUCUAACAGGCAUCGGCGGCCCCUUCAGCGAAUCCUCCGUCGAAUUCUCCAUCGAACAACAACACACCAAUAACCAACAAGGUACCCCGUCCCACCACAAAACCCUCACAGACGACGGCACAUCCCGCGCCCGCGCCACACGAUCCAAACUCGCCCCUACUGUAACAGAGACCUUCCUCGUCAGCCCUCCCUCCAGCAUGGGCACCCGCCUCCGCCAAGACUACAAGUUCGCGCUGGUCCAAAAGGCCGCGCGCGCGAUGGCCGUCGCUAAUAAGGUCAGUAUCCGGGGGGAUCGGCAGGGGGUGCUGAGUUUGCAGUUUAUGGUGGAGUUUGAUGCGCUUGGGGUUGUUCAUUCUUCGUCUUCUAAUACUUCCUCAUCAUCAUCUUCUUCUUAUGCUGCUACCGGUGGGGGCAGUGGAGGUGCUGGUGGAAGUAUUGCAGGUGCAGGAGGAGCGCAGAGACAGACGGGCAACAAUACGGUGUCGUUUGUGGAUUUUCGAUUUGUGCCAUUGUUGGAUGAGGAGAGUUUGGAGGUGGAGGAAGGUGGGGGGUUUGAGUAA